UCAGUGAUCAACAACCUAGCAUCUUACAUCUCUUCAGCAAACACUGUUCUUUCUUUCUUACUUCGUCCCUUUAUUAUUCUCAUAAAUUCAAGGCAGUUCAGUUCAAUAGAUCAGAGCACCGUCCACCCAUUAUUGCCAAGAAUUCCUACUUCCAAGUUCCAAAGCAUAUUACAUGGAUGAGAAGUGGAAGGUAUCGAAGAAAGAAAGUUCAAAUAGUCAUUGCUCCUCUUCAUCCAAGUCUAUUUUCACAAGGAGUUUCUCAACAAAGAGUUCUUCCAAGUCUCCUCUUCUUAGAAGUGCUUCACAGAAGAACUCCACUACUACUUCUUCUUCUUCUUCUUCUAAACCUCUUCCUCGAAGCUUUUCACAAAAGGGUUCUUCUAUUACGCGUAAAUAUAGUAGCUUGGCCAAAGAACAGAAGGCAAGAUUCUACAUCAUGAGGCGCUGUGUUGCCAUGCUAGUUUGCUGGCAUAAACAUGGAGAUUCUUGAAGGAAAGAGAAAAGAGAAUAUAUGUGGAUCAACUAUGGGGAAUCCUCCUGGUUGCUUUCUUCUUUUAUCCCCCUUCUUUUUGCAGGAUGGUUCUUGGGGUUUACUUCUGUUGAACUCCUGGAUUUUCUGGCAAAGGAUCAAGAAGAGUUCAAUGUCACAGAUUCUCCUUUCUGUUCUUUAUUUUUAUGUUCAGUUGUAACUAAAACUGAGAGCUACAAUUUCUAUACCUUGUAACAAUAAGACUAUAUCAAAAAAUGAAUUUCUUUCAAAUCC